AUGGCGGUGAGCAGCAGCAUCUUCCUCUACAUCGCGGGAGGACGCACGCUGUGGGUGCCGGGGCACACGCCGGCACCGGGUGAAACGAAGCCGGUGCAGAUCCUCAACUUCGCCUCCCCGCGUGAAUUGUCGCGCUCCUUCUACCUCUUCGAUAUGCCCAUCCAGAUCGUCAAUGACCCCAGCACGGCGGCGAUGAUUCCAGGCGGCAAGACCCCUGAAGAUGUCAUCACGGCCGUGAACGAGUUUCGUCGUGUUUGCAUGGAAGACCAGGAUUUCCUGCUAAAGCGAUGCUACGAUGCCAACAAGCCACCCCCUCCAACCCACAAUCCGCAGCAGUUGCCGGUACAGCCGCAGCAACAGCAGGCGCCACAACAGCCGCAGCAACAGCAACAAUUAAUGACGGGCAUUGCAGGGAUGGCGGAGUCGUUAGGAACGCGUCAGAAUCCCGCUUUUAGCGCUGCCGGCACAAACCUGAACCAGACGCUGCUGCUGCAGCUUCUUCAGCAGCAACAGCAGCAGCGUUCGUCGAUGCCGCCGCAUGCUUCUCCGCUUCAGCAACCACCGCCAAUGAAUUUCAACCGCGGUAUGAUGAUGGGUUGUGGUAAUGCGCCGGUCGGUGGAAAUAUGAUGAUGAGCAAUGCUGGUCUCUUGCCCUCUGCUCCCGCGAUGGGGUAUAACGGCAAUUACUUCAACCCUAUGAUGCAAAUGGGAGGCCGCAGUGCGGGGUUGAUGCCGGCUCCCAAUUCUUUUCCUGGCGCGCCCGCCAUGGGGAGGGUGCCGCCGGCAAUGAUGGGGAGCAGAGGCGGUGGUAGUCGAGGCAUGUACGGUCAUGGUCAGUUUCAGGCGCCUGUACGUGAUCAGCCGGAGGCGUUGCCGACUCUUCCGCCUAUCCCACCCGAAAUUUUGGAAAUGUACAUGGACCCGCGGCAAAAAUUGAUGUGCGCCACAAUGCCAGGGCCCCGUUGUACAGUGUGGCUACGUGAGCACGAGAUACCACCUGUCACAAAGAAUCCGAGGUAUGUGUUCUGCAAGGAGGGCAUUGUGUUGAUGCUCAAGACCAAAGGCUCGGAGGUGGAGCACAGCAAGCCUGUAGAACUCUUUGAGCAGCAGCUCUGUGCGCAUUUCUUAAUUCACAACUACUGCUCCCGCAACAAUUGCCUCCACCGGCAUCAUACAGAAACCCAACUGCGCCAGUUGAUCGCGGGGAAGCACGUGGAGCUAAUGGCAAUGACGAAGAAGGAGCGACAUCGCCUUAGCGAACGUGUGUUGGAGAAGGAGCGGGAGGGCCUCGCACGGGCCGCGGAGGAUCGUGAGCAGCGUGCACGCGAGCGGAUGGAGGCGGCACGGCGACGCGAGGGCGCUGGUGGCAGCACGUCUAAUGUUGAAGCGGUGGCACCCGCUCCGUCCAAUCAACCGCCUCGCGCGCGCGCUGACGCCGUCAUCUCCGACGACGACGGUGCUGAAGGCAAAAAAAAUGCCGAUGAAAGCGUCGAGAAGGACACCGACAAGAGGGGCAGCAGCAAGGACAAUCACGCAGGGGAGAUGAAGAGCGAGGGCAAUAAGUCCAGCGAGCAGCCGCCGUCUGAACGCCACGAAAACGAGAAAAGUGAGAAGAGUCACGCGCAGAAGCCGGUGGCGCCGCGGCGGGCGGCCCCAUUCUCGUCACGCAGAGUGCUGAACCCGGCCGACAUUGGCCUCACCGACGACGAAGACGACGAUGACGGUUCGUCCUCGUCCUCCUCCUCCUCCUCCUCUUCGGCGUCGUCGGCAAAGGGCGCCACGAAGCCCGCCGACGUCGUGAAGCCGACGACAGACACCGCCGCCAGCGAGAAGUGUGGGGACGAAGACGAGGAGGGUGACGUGAAGGCCCCCGUCGAGGCAGCGGCACCCGCCCCUCCGCCUCCGGAUGCUGCAACCGCGGAGGAGUGUGUGGCGCAGGAGGCACGCGAUUCGGGGAAGGACGUGGCAGCGGCAGAGUCCAUGGCCGGGGAGGCAGAAACAAGAACGGGGGGAGAGGAAAAGCAGGGCGGCGAGGAGAAGCAUAAUGGGGGUGAUGCGGUUGAGGUUGCCGAUGAGCCCGAGGUAGCGGCCGCAGCAGAAGCAGAGGCCGAGGAGCAGCAGCAGGAGACUGCUGUUGGAAACGCGGAGGAGCAGCAGGAGACAGCCGUUGGAAACGCGGAGCAGCAGCAGGAGACUGCUGUUGGAAACGCGGAGGAGCAGCAGCAGGAGACUGCUGUUGGAAACGCGGAGGAGCAGCAGCAGGAGACUGCUGAUCGGAACGCGGAUGAGCAGCAGGAGACAGCCGUU